AUGGCGGAAAAGUUCUCCAAGUUCCGAGACCCAGGCACGGGUAUCCAAGUCUUCCUCACGCCGGUCGCUGCAUCGACGUCCUCCUCCGCUUCCGGCUCAGCAGGCUCGCCAGGCGGAAUCGCCCUCCUCCUCACACCGAUCUUUGUCGUGCUCGGUCUCAUUCGCGCGCUCAUCGGUGGGAUAUGCUGGGGCCUCUACCUGGCAACUGGCGGCGCUGGGCUGUUGAGGGUGGUGUUGUUCAUGCUGGGAUUCAUCAGAUUGCCCGUCGACGAGGUGGCUUCUGGAGCGAGUGGCAGGCGGUCCGUGUCGGGAUCGAAGCUCAGACCUACAAGCGCAGCGAAGAGAACGCUGGGGAAAGGGGAUUUGGUGCUGUCGAACCACAGCUCCUGGCUCGACCUGCUUAUCAUCUCGUACCUGUAUCCUGGGAUUCAAUUCGUUCUACCGGUGAUCGCGGACAGCGCCAAGGUGGAAGCGAAGCGGUCGGAGGACUCGAGCACAACGACGGCGCGUAAGACGCCCAAGAAGAACGCCAUGUCGGCCAACACGCGCAUUGUCACGCCUUCCUCCGCCUCGUCGACGGCGGCGAGCAACGAGAUUCCCAUCGUUGGGUAUGCUGCUCUCGGCCUCACCCGAGCGCUCCGAUUCGUUGGCGGUCUACCACCAUGCGCAUCACAGUUAUCGAGCAGCGUUGUGGAAAAGGACCUCGAGACGACGCUGCGCAAAGCCGAUACACCGCUCGCAUUGUUCCCCGAGGUCGUCACGUCCAACAAUCGCGCCUUGCUCGCCUUCAACAUCCUCCCACAAAACCCACCACCUUCCAUCUCAUCAAUACACAUUCUGACGCUCAAAUACACCCUACCGUCAUCAACAAGCACAUCGUCGGUAUACGCCGUUCCCGGCCCGACCAAUUCGCUCACCACGCACCUGCUGCACAUCCUCUUCCUGUCCAACCCAGUCCGCGGCGUCAGCAUCAGACACUCGACGCUAUCGAGCAAGGACGAAGGCGAGGGAGGUUGGGCGGAGAAGGUCGCAGGCUUGAUGAGCAGCAUGGCGAGGUUGAAGCGGACGAGCAUCGGUUGGGAGGCCAAGAGGGAAUUCUUGCAGAUGGUCGUGGCGCGGGGAAAGCGCGUGUGA